AUGGCUGAACGCCAAGCCGCUCCUCUGAGGAUCGUGUCCGAAUCCUCGCGCGAGCACGAAACCUUCAAGUACUAUCCGGCGCUGUUCACCACGACGAAACAGAACCCGCAACCUCGGGCGCUGCCGCUGCCCCAGCUAGAGACCUCUCCCGACACCGUCCUGACGGCCCUGGCCCAGCUUGCCGCAUGUCAGACCGGCACACCCCGUGCGCUCGUUUCCGUCUUCGAUUGCGACUAUCAGCACAUCAUUGCCGAGGCCACACCCGCCCUGCCUCUCGUUCCCGGCCUGCGCGCCGCCGACCACGACCAUGACCUCUGGCUCUGCGGCACCGCCAUCCCCCGACGCUUCGGCGUCUGCGAGGCCGCGCUGUACCCUCUCGACCCCCUCGCCCCCGAGCAAGGCGAGGGAUCGACGACGCUGCCCGUCCUCUGUGUGCCCGACCUCGAACAGGACAAGCGCUUCGCCUCGACCCUCUACUGCGGCCCCGGGUCUCCGGCCAAGUUCUUCGCCGGCGUGCCCAUCCGCACCGCCAAAGGUGUCAACAUGGGCGUGCUCAGCGUCGUCGAUACCGUCUUGCGCGACGACUGGAGCCCGCACAUGACCCGCGUGCUUCGCAACCUGUCCAAGGCCAUCACGGAGCACUUCGAGGCCGGCAGGGCAGCUGCCGCAGCGCGGCGGGGCGCACGCAUGAACAGGGGCCUGGGCUCCUUCGUCGAGGGAGCGGCCACCAUCUCCGGCUGGCGGCACGACGACACGACGACGGCCUUUCAGGACGAUCCGUCCCACGAAGGAGCCCUCGAUGCCCGCCAACAAGACCUCCAGCGGUCGGAGGAGGACCGCAUACUCGAAGCAAACGAGCAGGCACGCGUGUCCCUCGCCACCUCCAAGGCGGGUGACCAGUCCCUCAACGAACCUGCUCCUCAGCCAUAUUCCCGUGCCUCCACCCCGCACCACUCGAGUAGCAGUUCCAGGAGCUCCAACACGUCGUUGAAAAGUCCCAUGUUCCUUCGCCCACACGAUUUGCAGGGCAACAGCGUCGGCACGAUCUUUUCCAAAGCGGCCAACAUGAUUCGAGAGUCUCUCGAGAUCGAAGGAUGCGUCUUCUUCGACGCACACGUACGGUUGUUUGGCGGCCUCAGCGACGUCAAGCCCCACGCGGACCAUGGCGACGUCGCAGCACAGUCCGCGAGCAGCAGCGACGCUCUCUCCUCGUCUGGCGGCGAGAACGCAGCACCAGACUGCCGCGUGCUCGGCUUCGCCACGACAGACGCGUCCAGCAUCAACGGCGCGCGGCCCUCGGCCAUGCGCGCCAACCUGCCCGAGGGCUUUAUGGCGCGUCUGCUCCGACGCUACCCCGAUGGCAAGAUCUUCAACUUCCGCCCCAACGGCGAGCUGCGCCUGACCGACUCCUCCGAAGACGACCGCUUGACAGCGUUGCCAGGCAUGCUCACACACGCAAAUCCUCGCUCUUCCCCUGCGCCGUCCCGACGUCGCAACCACCCUUGGGCCCGGCACCGCGAGGGCACUGCCAUUCUGCGAGCAUUCCCCGGAGCACAAUGCGUCGCCUUUGUCCCCGUCCGGGAUUCGAAGAAAGAUCGAUGGCGCGCCGGGGGGUUCGUCUACACCAACACACCGGGCCGGGUUUUUACCGUGGCCGGCGAGCUCAGCUUCCUGACGGCUUUCGGCGUCCUCGCCAUGUCCGAGAUAGCGCGCCUCGAGACGCUUCAGGCGGACAAGGCGAAAUCAGACGCCUUGAGCUCGCUGUCUCACGAACUGCGCUCCCCACUUCACGGCGUCAUCUUGGCAGCCGAGCUGCUUCACGACACGGGCUUGACCGUCUUCCAGGGCAACAUUUUACACACCAUUGAGACGUGUGGCAGGACGCUGAUGGACACGCUCGAUCAUCUACUCGACUUCUCCAAGAUCAACAACUUUACGACGAUGGCCAAGGCCGCUGCUUCCACUCGACCGCGAAGCCCCGAGUCUACGCGCAGGCCCUAUCCGUGGCCUACGAUUCGACAAUUGUCGAUUGAAGCUGGCGUGCGCGUGCUGGAGUCCAAUGUGCCUCUCGACUUGCUGGUCGAGGACGUUGUGGAAAGUGUUUUCGCGGGCUACAACUUUCAGUACACAUCCAUGGCGCAGUUGGGCAAGCACAAGAAGACGCGGUAUGUGGAUGCCGAGGCCAACCGUCGGAUGGACGCACAUAAUGCCAUGCAGGACUUUGGUUCUACCCAGAUGACUGGCCCCAAUGCCAUUGAUCUGGGGUUCAACCGCGUCUUUGUCUCCCUCGACCUCGACCCGCAGUGCAGCUGGAUCUUCCACACAUCACCCGGUGCAUUUCGCCGCGUCGUUCUCAACCUCGUGGGCAAUGCCCUCAAGUACACGCAAGAAGGGUCCAUCGUCGUGUCCCUACGACAAGAGACGACACCCGCGUCUGCCAACCACGACGCCCCAUCGCGGCCCCGCAAGGUCGUCCUCGUGGUAGCCGAUACGGGCAAGGGCAUCGGCGAAGACUAUCUGCAGAAUCAUCUUUUCCGCGCGUUCGCGCAGGAAGACCACCUGAGCGCCGGGACGGGCCUUGGUCUGUCCCUCGUCAAGCAGAUCGUCACCAACCUCGACGGCAAGAUCAGCGUGAAGAGCCGGGUAGCGGUCGGGACAACAGUCACGGUGUCGGUGCCUCUGCAAGCCGCCACCAACAAGUCCGAGUACAUGAGCGACGACGACGAGUUCGCAGCGCACGUUUCCGAUCUCAAGGGUCUGCGGGUUCUCCUCAGCGGCUUCAGUGAGUUCCACGGGGAUGACACGGGCGCGCAAGCGCGGGCGAAGCCGGGUCGUGAUGGGUUCGGCCGCGGCCUGACCGAAGGCAUCUGUCGCGACUGGCUCAAGAUGGAGGUCUUGUCGGAUACGGAGACGCUCGUGCCCGAUGUCGUCCUUGUCGCCGAGCACGCCAUGCCGGAUGUCGAUGUGUCGACGUUCAGGAACCCGCCCUGCGUCGUUGUGUGCGCCAACCCCCUCCUGGCCUUCGACCGUUCGACAUCGGCGGAAGCCGCCCAGACGGAGGGGGUGUUUGAGUUCAUUUCACAACCGCUCGGCCCGCGCAAGCUCGCCAAGAUCCUGCUCCUCGCCUGCCAGCGAUGGCUCGCACUGCAAUCAUCGCAGUCACUGGACUUUGUUCCAGCCGAGUUGCGUCUUCCUUCAGCACGGCCAAGUCCGCCUCGACAAGGCACAGGUGACGAGGGGGGUGCAGCUGUCGAGUACCCGGACGGCGAGGAAGGGGAGGUGGGGCAGGCGUCGACGGCGCGCCCCGAGGCUUCCUCUCGGGCUGCCGCUUCGCCGGUGUUGGAGCGAUCGCAGACGCCUGGGUCGAUCCUGUCGUGGAGGGGCCGGUACGUGCAGACGCCGCCGUCGGAGUGUACGGUGCCGCCGUCGGAGACGGGAGAAGAGGCGCGCAAAUUCCUGCUGGUGGACGACAACAGCAUCAACCUUCGGAUCCUGUCUUCGUACGUCAAGAAGCUGGGGCGGCCGCUCGGCACGGCGACAAACGGCCUGGAGGCGUACGAGGCAUACCGGACCGAGCCCGAAGGAUACAGCUGCAUCUUCAUGGACAUUUCGAUGCCCGUCAUGGAUGGGUUCGAAGCGACGCGGCGCAUCCGCACCUUUGAGCGGGAGAAGCAGCUGCCGCCCAUCACGAUCAUUGCGCUGUCGGGUCUGGCGUCGGAGAGCGCGCAGGACGAGGCGUUUGUCAGCGGUAUCGACCUCUUCCUGACGAAGCCGGUGCGGUUGAAGGACAUGGCGUCUGUGCUUGAGUCGCGAAAUUUGCUGCGGCUGGACUGA